AUGCCGGUCCGCGAGUCGCACAGCCUCAUCAGCGACCGGGCAGAGAGGAGGUCUACCGAAAAGGCAGAAGACCGGGAGGAAGUUUCGAUCCAUAACGCGGGCUCGGAAGGGCGCCGCAGUGAACGACAUAGUGGAGACAGAAACGAUGGCACGGGCAACAGCAACAGCAAUAGCCAUAGGUGGCGUGGCUACAUCAAAAGAGACGGCAAGUUGAGGCCAUUCAGGCUGCUCAAAGAGGACUAUGGCAACUUUAGGUUGAGGUAUCUCUCUGACUGGACCGUGUUCAAUCAGCUUGUCCUGGCGAGCGCGGUGUACGUCUUCUUUACGAAUAUCUUGCCUGGCAUCACGUUUGCGAGCGACUUGUAUGUCUUGACUGGGGAGUCGUGGGGCACGAUUGAGGUGGUGUUUAGUACUGGGCUUUGCGGCAUCAUCUUUGCCUUGUUCUCGGCCCAACCAUUGACGAUUCUUGGUGUUACGGGGCCGUUUUCAGUGUUGGCGGAGAAUAUUUACACCUUAUGCGAGAACUCAUUCAAGAUUCCCUUCCUACCCUUCAUGGCCUGGUCAUUGAUCCACUCGGGCUGGAUGCACUUCCUCCUGGCCAUCUUCAACGCCCACGACUACACCAUGCAAUACGUCACCGACUUCAGCGCCGACAUCUUCUCCCUCCUCAACAGCGUAAUCUACUUCCACAAAGCCAUCCGAGAGCUCCAGCGCACCAAAGCAGCCGUCUCCCUCGCCGCCUUCCUCUACUCCAUCAUCGGCGCCGCGGGCACAUGCCUCCUCGCCAUCGCCUUGUCAACCGCCGUGUCGUGGAAGCCACUGUUCCACAGGUACCUCCGCAUGGGCCUGACCGAGUACGCCGCCGCCAUCUCCAUCGUCUUCUUCAUCGGCAUGCCGUACGUCGGCGACCUGGCGACGCUGGACCACAACAGGCUGGAAGUCUCAAAGUCGUUCCGGCCGUCGUCCCCGAGCCGCGAGUAUUUCUUUGUCGAGUUUUGGAAACUCCCCAUUGGAUGGAUCUUCAUCGCCAUCAUUCCCGGUAUCAUCAUCAACGUCCUCUUCUACUUUGACCACGAGAUUAGUAGCAUCAUCUGCACGGCCAAGAGGUACGGCACGCAGAAGCCGGGCGGGUACGCGUGGGACGUUAUGCUCCUCGGCAUCACAACAAUCAUGUGCGGUAUCCUCGGCAUCCCGCCCGCCAACGGCCUCCUCCCGCAGGCGCCGCUCCAUUCCGAGUCGCUCAUGUACACCGUCUACGAAGACCCGCCGCCCGUCGACGAGGUCGAAGAAGAAGGGCCCGGCGAAGGGCCCCCCGCGAAGCCAGUUCAGCGUGUCCACGAGCAGCGAUACUCUGCCUUCCUACAGGCAGCGGGCAUCCUGCUCUUCAUCUCGCCGCCCUUCCAGCACGUGUUAGGCUUCACGCCGACCUCGGUCCUGGCGGGCCUCUUCAUGUUCAUGGGCUUCCAGUCGUUGUCGGUCAACCCGAUUCUUACGAGGAUCUGGCAGCUCCUGACGCCCAUUUCGGAGCUGCCUGCUCUACCUCACGGCGCUAGCUGGAUGGGCAUCCAUUGCUACACGCUGGCGCAGAUUGUGCUCACGGGUAUCGUCUUUGGCGUCACCUUGACUGUUGCCGCGCCCGGGUUUCCUAUAAUCAUCAUUAUAUUGGUGCCUGUGCGGCUGUUCUUCAUGAAUAGAGUUUGGAGCCGGCAGACGCUGCGGUAUGUUGAUGGGUGGGCGACGCGGGAGGGGAAGCCGGAGGACGAUGAGAAUGAUCGGCGUCGGGAGGGGUUAGUUGCGUCGGGUGAGGCAUCUAGACGGGUCCCUGAUGAGGAAACGGGGUCCAAGACGGGUUGA